AUGGCUAUUCGAUGGAUUAGAGGCCUUACCAACGAUGAAUUAGUAGAUUACUUACCGCAACUUGUAGUAGCUUUAAGACAUGAGACUUAUGAAAAUUCGCCUUUGGCGCAGUUUUUGUUGGAUAGAGCUUUAAGGUCUCCACGAUUUGCUCAUUAUUUAUUUUGGUUGCUGUGUCACAGUUUGCCAGGGGAUUCACCACAGAACUGUUCGACAGAAGUAAAGGCUAAGGAUAUAGUUCUAGGAAUUAGUGAAUUUAGGCAUCAUAGAAGACUGAAACUAUUAUUAAGAGCUUUACUAGCUAUAUGUGGUAGAUCAUUAGGAGACUGUUUCUUGUAUCAACAAUCACUAGUAAAGAAAUUAAACGACAUUGCCGAAGAAGUACAAAAAACCAAGGAUUCUCAUCGUGUUACCGUCCUACACAACGCACUAGGCCAAAUUCAUAAAGACCUUCAAGAAACACCAACUAGUUUGCCACUUUCGCCGACACUGCGUGUAAAAGGAGUAGACAUUCAAUCCUGCUCCUAUUUUCCUUCUGCUACUUUACCUUUAAAAAUUAAUUUUCUGAUGGAAGACAGUUCGCUGCGAGCCGCUAUUUACAAAGUCGGAGAUGACUUGCAACAAGAUAUGCUCACGCUACAAAUGAUAAGGUUGAUGGAUAAAUUGUGGUUAAGUAAAGGACUGGAUUUGAAGAUGGUCGCAUUCACAUGUAUACCAACGUCUAGGAGAAAAGGUAUGAUAGAAAUGGUGACUAAAGCUGAAACUUUAAGAAAAAUUCAAGUGGAACACGGGCUAACAGGAUCUUUUAAAGAUAAACCAAUAGCAGAGUGGCUAGCCAAACAUAAUCCAUCUGAACUGGAAUACGCUAGAGCCAUUCAGAAUUUCACCGCUUCUUGUGCUGGGUACUGUGUGAUUACAUAUAUUUUGGGUAUAUGUGAUAGACAUAAUGACAAUAUUAUGUUGAAAACAUCUGGACAUCUAUUCCACAUUGAUUUUGGUAAAUUUUUGGGAGAUGCCCAAAUGUUUGGAAAUUUUAAAAGGGAUCGAGCUCCUUUUGUUUUGACUUCUGAUAUGGCUUAUGUCAUAAAUGGUGGCGAUAGACCGACUGAAAAAUUCCAUCAAUUUGUGGAUUUGUGCUGUCAAGCUUUUAAUAUUAUUAGAAAUAACCGAAAUUUAUUCCUCUUUUUGGUGUACGCCCCCUCCCCCGCUCUGUUGGUCAAAGAUGAAGCUCAAAUGGAGGGUUUCUAUAAUGAGAUUUAA